GACAAGAUAAGAGAAUAUAGAGAAGAGAAGAGAGAAAGGAAGAAAUGGAGAGUGAGAGUGAGGGAGAGAUACAUGCACUGUGAUUAAACACAAAGGUUCAUUAUUGUUGACAUUGAAGAUUAAUGCAGGCGGGCCAAGAUGAUAUUGCACACAAACAAUUAAACUGCACAGAGAAGAGAAGAGGAAUAGAGAGGUGGAGAGGGGAGGGGAGAGAGGAGAGACUAACAAAAUGCAGAGAAAACCUAGAGAACGAAUGACAGAGAGAGGAGAGGAGAGAGGGAGGGGGAAAAAGUCGUAAUAUUAUCAUAUACAAAGAACUCACUGCAAGCAAUAUUGCACAACCCAAUCCUCCCCUCCAACACACACACACGCACGCACAUACACAAUCCUUCCUCGCCACUCAUCUUCCAUAUCUCUUUCCGUAACUCUAUCUGUAACACUAUAGAUUAAUUUAUUGAAUGAUAAAUACUCACUCCUCCUAUUCUCUCCUCUCUCUCUCUCCAACCAGCUAUCCCUUUCCCUCCCUUCCCCUCCUCUCUCCCUCUCUCUCUCAGUUUCUAUCUCUCUCUCUCGGUUUCUCUCUCACCACCUGUUAGUUCAGACCCCGUGCAUUGAGAUACACUUGUUUAUGAGGGAAGCUUUCACACUCUCGCAAUCAGAGCUCUAUGACGGUGCGUAAAGGAAAGAAACUCAGCAUCACCAUCCAGGAACACAUGGCCAUUGACGUCUGCCCCGGCCCCAUCCGACCUAUCAGAACAAUCUCCGCCUACUUCCCCCGCCUGUCCCCCACCUCUGAGCCCCUCUCCCCCAACCCCACUGGCUCCCCAUUGGUCCUCAGUCCUGGGGGCGCGGCCUGCGGGAUGGGGGGUGGCGGCGGGGGCGGGCUCUUGACGCCAUUGCUGCCGGGGAUGAUGGGAGGGGGCGGGUCUUUGUCGUUACAGAGCAGUAUGGACACGUCUGUGGAGAUCAACAGUUCUGACAGUGACGACUGCACUUCUUUGGGAACACUGGAGUUUGACUUGCGGUACGAGCGAGCCUCCAGUAAGCUACACUGUACUAUCCUCAGGGCUAAGGGUCUGAAGCCUAUGGAUUUUAACGGCUUAGCAGACCCCUAUGUCAAACUGCACCUUCUUCCCGGGGCCUGCAAGGCUAACAAGUUGAAGACAAAGAUAGUGCGGAAUACUCUGAAUCCGGUGUGGAAUGAAACGCUUACCUAUGUUGGGAUCACAGAGGAGGACAUGCAUAGAAAGACACUCAGGUUGUCAGUGUGUGAUGAGGAUAAGUUGACUCAUAAUGAGUUCAUCGGGGAGUCUCGUGUUCCCCUGAAGCGCGUCAAGCCAGACCAGACCAAACACUUCAACACCUGUCUGGAACACCCACCCCCACCACCCUCUCCAACCACCAUGGGGACAGCACUCCGAGGAAUCUCCUGCUACUUAAGAGAGUGGGAGAACGAGCAGCUCCACAGUCUGGAGGAGAGGGGUCGGUUGCUCCUCUCCCUGCAGUUCCUUCCCCCGCUAGACGCGGGCGAGGAGGGAGGAGGGGGGCGGAGAGGAGAGGGGUUGUGUGUCGGUGUGCAGCGCUGCGCUCACCUGGCCGCCAUGGACGUCAACGGCUUCUCAGACCCCUACGUCAAAACAUAUCUGAAGCCCGACACACAGAAGAAAUCCAAACACAAAACGGCUGUGAUUAAAAAGACCCUUAACCCUGAAUUCAAUGAGGAGUUCUUUUAUGAGAUCUCCAUGUCAGAGCUGUCCAAUAAGACUCUGGAGGUCACUGUCUGGGACUACGACUUGGGACGCUCCAAUGACUUCAUAGGUGGAGUGUGCCUGAGCUGUCACUCACAGGGAGACCCCCUCUGCCAUUGGAUGGACUGCCUUAAGAACAAGGGACAGAGGGUGGAGCGCUGGCACAUACUGACCAAUGAGCUCCCAAGAUCCGUAUGUCAUGAGUAAGGCCACACAUCUACUGAGACACAAGGCUGAGUCCCAAUUCUUCACCCUUCUCCCAAAGUGUGCACUUGCAGACUUCCAGUCGUGGAUAUAUCAAUAGUGGAAACUCCCUCAAGGCAAUGCUUACAUCGAUCCAGUGCUUUUAAAUCCAUGAUGGGGAGUGUGCAAAUGCACACUUUGGGAGAAGUGUGGAGAAUCAGGACACAGAUCAAAUCAUCCCUCUAGCCCCCUACCACCUAGGCAUUCCUGGAGAUCUGAGAGGAUUGGAUAGUCCAGAAAUGUGGAGGGAACUCCACCUAGCUUAUCAGAAAGCAAGGGGGAAGCAAUGACCAUAUUGAUCUGGAUCCUAUCUAAACCUUUCAGAUCUACCGUAGUGCCGAGGUGGUAGAGGGUAGGGGUCGAUUUGGAACUCAGCGAACAUGCAGCAUGUCUAGGCUCUCUAGAGCCCUGUUUAUACCUGGUUCUAACGUGCUUCCCUCUUCCUGAUAUUUUCCUGAUCUUGACUGUUUACACUUAUAAGAUCUGAUCACAAUCAGAUAACAAUGCGUAUUUUAAUCGUCUGUCUAAAAAUGUGGGCACAAUCCAAAUGUGGACAGGAUCAGGACAAAGGACACAUGUUAGCACCAGGUAUAAAUGGGGAUGACUUGCCACAGGAUAGGAUGCACUACCGGUAUGUUUCUAUGUGUAUAAGGGUGAUUCAAACCAACACACCAUAACACACCAUUGAGAUGACACAUGCUGAAUACAAGUCAUAUACAGUGGGGAAAAAAUGUAUUUAGUCAGCCA